GCAUGCAGCGAUGCUCAAGCCGGCGCAAGACAAAGACAGGGUCCUAAAUAGGCUCUAAGCCCAAAAUGGGAUAGCGUUGCACCUAGCCCCGGUUCGUUGCAUGGCCACGACGCGUCUACAGUAAACACGCGUCGCUUGUCAACCACUCCCGAACCAUCACCAAGUGCCAAGAAUUACGAGAACCGUCAUGGCUGAACCGCAAGAUGACGAGGUGCGGGAGCGCCUCAAGGCAGCCCUCUGGUUCUCCAUCGGCAAGAUGGUCGACCAAGAGUCCCUGCAGCGCAACCGCAAUGCCACCCCGCAGUUCAUAGGCGCCCUGACCGACAUGGUCUGGCACCAGAUCGAAAACAUAGCCACAGACCUGGAAAGCUUCAGCCAGCAUGCAGGUCGCACCACCGUCACGACCGACGACGUGCUGCUUCUAGCGCGGCGCAACCAGGACCUGUACUCGGUCAUCAAGGAUGCCAUCGACAAGGAGAAGGCGGCGAAAACCAACGGCAAGGGCAAGGGCAAGGGCCGGGGUUGA